CUACCACCACCAUCACCUGGGCAGUCGCCACCGCCGCAAGCUCUUUCCGCUACAUCACCUCGUCACUGUCAGCGCCCUUAGCUGUGCUGAUUACACUUUGACACAAGGAGAGAGACACUUUUCCAUCCCACCCGGUUUCACCCUCAAUCCACCAUGCUUCCGGCUCGAGGCGCCAUGCGCGCUGGCGCUGCCCUGAAGCGAGGCGUGGCCGCACCCUCGCUCACCAGGGCGACGAUGGCGAGGGGCUACGCAACGACGGCGGAAGAGGUCCCGGACAUUGACCCCUCCAUCUUCGACCGCAAGGUUGACAUGAGCAACGUCGAGAAGGGAAAGGGAUACUUCAUCAACUACAAGAAGAUGGACGAGAACAUCAAAAUUGUCCGCGACAGGCUCAAGCGACCACUGACCAUGUCGGAGAAGAUCGUCUACGGCCAUCUCGAUGACCCUCACAACGAAGACAUUCGACGUGGACAGUCCUACCUCAAGCUGCGCCCCGACCGAGUCGCCUGCCAAGACGCCACGGCCCAGAUGGCCCUGCUGCAGUUCAUGUCUGCUGGUCUCCCCACCGUUUCCGUGCCCACGACAGUACACUGUGACCACCUUAUUGAGGCCCAGGUCGGUGGUGUCAAGGACCUGGCCCGUGCCAAGGACAUCAACAAGGAGGUGUACGACUUCCUGGCCACCUGCACGGCCAAGUACGGCAUUGGAUUCUGGAAGCCUGGCUCGGGCAUUAUUCACCAGAUCCUCCUCGAGAACUACGCUUUCCCCGGUGGUAUGAUGAUUGGUACCGACUCGCACACGCCCAACGCCGGUGGUCUCAACAUGAUUGCCAUUGGUAUCGGUGGUGCCGACGCUGUCGACGUCAUGGCCGACAUUCCCUGGGAGCUCAAGUGCCCCAAGGUCGUCGGUGUUGAACUCACCGGAAAGCUCUCGGGCUGGACCGCUCCCAAGGACAUCAUUCUCAAGGUCGCCGGCGAGCUCACUGUCAAGGGUGGCACGGGCAGCAUCAUCGAGUACAAGGGACCUGGUGUCGAGGGUCUCUCGGCGACGGGCAUGGGCACAAUCUGCAACAUGGGUGCUGAGAUUGGCGCUACGACGUCUGUCUUCCCCUACAACGACCGCAUGGGUGACUACCUCCGGGCCACCAACCGUGGCGAGAUCGCCGACCUGGCCAAGGGCUUCCAGAAGAACCUUCUCCCUGACGCGGGCGCCGAGUACGACAACCACAUUCAGAUUGACCUGAGCUCGCUCGAGCCCCACAUCAACGGCCCCUUCACCCCCGACCUUGCCACGCCCCUGUCCAAGUUUGCCGAGGCUGUCAAGAAGAACGACUGGCCCCAGGAGCUCAAGGUCGGCCUCAUUGGCUCGUGCACCAACUCGUCGUACGAGGACAUGUCCCGCUCGGCUUCGAUUGCCGAGGAGGCUGCCGCCCACGGCCUCAAGGUCAAGUCCAAGUUCACCAUCACGCCCGGUUCUGAGCAGAUUCGUGCCACCAUCGCUCGUGACGGCCAGAUGGACAUCCUCAGCGACGCUGGUGGUGUCGUUCUCGCCAACGCCUGCGGCCCUUGCAUUGGCCAGUGGGACCGAACUGACGUCAAGAAGGGCGAGAAGAACUCGAUCAUUACCUCGUACAACCGUAACUUCACGGGCCGUAACGACGCCAACCCGGCCACCCACGCCUUUGUUGCCUCGCCCGACAUUGUCACCGCCAUGGUGUUCGCUGGUGACCUGACCUUCAACCCUAUGACCGACUCGCUCAAGGGCGCGGACGGCAAGGAGUUCAAGUUCUCCGACCCCACGGGCAAGGAGCUCCCCCCUCGUGGCUACGACCCCGGUGAGGAGACCUUCCAGGCUCCUCCUGAGGACCGGUCGCAGGUUCAGGUCAAGAUCGACCCCAACUCGGACCGUCUCGAGUUCCUGCCGGCCUGGGAGCCUUACCAGCCCGGCUACGAGAAGGACCUUUACGUCCUCGUCAAGGCUGAGGGCAAGUGCACCACCGACCACAUCUCUGCUGGUGGUCCCUGGCUCAAGUACCGUGGCCACAUCUCCAACAUCUCGCGCAACACCUACUCGGGCGUCAUCAGCGCCUUCACCCACGAGGCCAACCAGUCGUACAACCACAACACGGGCAAGUUUGAGUCGACGCCCGAGGUGGCCCUGCAGUACAAGGGUCAGGGCAAGCGAUGGGUCUUCAUUGGCGGUGACAACGUCGGCGAGGGUUCGUCGCGUGAGCACGCCGCUCUGCAGCCCCGCCACCUUGGUGGUUUCGCUGCCAUUGCCAAGAGCUUCGCCCGUAUCCACGAGUCGAACCUCAAGAAGCAGGGCCUUGUCGCCGCGACCUUCAAGAACCCCGAGGACUACGACAAGAUCCAGAAGGACGACAUCGUCACCCUCGAGGGUCUCGACAAGUUCGCCCCCGGCUCGGAACUCAACCUCGCCGUCAAGCACGCUGACGGCUCGACCGACAACCUUCCCCUGGUCCACUCCUACAACGAGCCGCAGCUCAAGUUCUUCAAAGCUGGUUCAGCGUUGAACUUGAUGGCGGCAGCCGCUUCUGCAAAGGCACAGGCGUAAUGGUGUCCAGUCAAGGUCACCAUGGCGAGCAGACACUUCGUAGAAGUCGAGGGCACCAGCGCGUCUUUUUGACGUGGUUCUUUCCCGCGGAAAGAUUCUCGCGUCAAUUUCAACGCAUUUCACUUUCCUUGCUGUAGUUCUUUUUAUUCAUUGUUACCUCUUCUGGUCGUGGCUUUCUUGUUUUUGCCCUCGUAUCACACAACCAAAAGCAAUAAGGAAGAAUGGAAAAACAAUGAUUCCGGACGAGAUUGAUGUUGAUGCAGCAGCAGGCGC